AUGUCAGAUUUUGCCUUUAAUAAUUAUUGUAUACAUUGUGAUAAAUUAUGUUUAAACAAUUCAGUCUAUUGUUCAGAAGAAUGUAAAUCAAUAGCUUAUGAAUCUUCAUUAAAUCAACUACAACAUAAUCAUAAUACAACCAGUACUAAUGGUAAUACCAAUACCAAUACUAGUGCCAGUGCUACCACUAGUACUAGUACUACUACUACUGGUACUACUGGUAGUAGUGUCAAUAGCACUAAUUCAAAUACUCCAUCAUUGGUAUCACCUUUAUUAACUCCAGCCUUAUAUAUACAACUACAACAACAACAACAACUACAACAAUCACAAAUAAAUACUCCAUUACAUUUAUCAUCUUUAACUCCAACUACAGAUUACAACAAUGAAUAUCAUUAUGAAUAUGAUAAUGAUAUUGUUGAUAAUGAUGAUGAUGAAUUGAAUUAUUUUGAUUUGAAUUAUUCAGUUCAAUCAAAUAUCAAUUAUACUACUAAUACAACUAAAUCAAAUAAUGAAUUAAUAAAUUCAACUUCAGAUAAUUAUCGUAAAUGGUUAACUGCAUUAUAA